UAAUAUAUAGAGUGUAGAUGGUGAUGUAACGUUCACCUGAAGACACACACGAUGUCGGAACGUGUUUUGCCGGCAGUGCUCGGACUGUCCUAUUGCCUGCUUCUGGUGGGAAGUGCGGCGGAAAUGUUCAAAGACCCUGGUUUCGAGAAUCCCGACAUCAACUCUAGUUGGACAGCCAGAGGAUGUCAGAUGCGUUUGUCUACUGAUCAUGUGGAGGGAAAGCACUCGGUGGAAAUCUCAUCACGAGCUGGUGCAAGGGCGGGGCCUGGACAGAUGACUUCCCUCCACGUCAACACCCGUUACUUCGUCCAGGCCCGGGUCAAACAGCUGAACGAUGUGACUGGAAAGAUCUUCCAGAGGUUCACCAUUAUUAUGGACAUUCAGCUUCAUGAUGGUUCCCACAGCUACGUGGACGUCGUGGAGAACAAUGGCAUGUACAGCCAAAAGGGCUGGACCUCCUUGUCCGGUUACUUCUUGUUCCAGGAGACAGAUCACAAGACCAUAGAACUGAGAGUGUCCGGGCCAGACAGAACCGUCAAUUACCGAGUGGAUGACAUGUCACUGACGGAAAUACCCGAGGACAAGAACUGGAAGUCUGAGGCGGACAAGAGGAUUGAUCGGCUCAGGAAGAACAACAUACACUUUAGCGUCCAUGCUCCGCCACAUGUAUCCAACGCUGACCUUGACAUUCAGGUGGACUUGGUGAAACACAGCUUCCCAUUCGGAUCCCAGACGGCAUCUCAUGAGAUGUUUACAUACCCGCACUACAACGACUUGUUCUACUACAUGUUCAACUGGGCCACCGUGAACGACUACUACUGGUUCCGGAAUCUUCCACCACGGCACGACCCUGACUACGGGAACGUUACAAAAGCACUGAAUCUACUUCACCAGCAUGGAAUAUCUAUACGGGGUCACAACAUAUUCUGGGGUCAACCUCGUCGAACACCAGCGUGGGUGCAGGAUCUGAGUCCCGACCAGGUGAAGCAGGCAGUGGAUGAAAGGAUACAGUACAUCGUCAAGGACACCAAGGGGAAGUUGCAACAUUGGGAUGUCAACAACGAGCUUCUUACCGGGCACUUGUUCGAGGAACUCAUCGGAGACAGAUUCUUCACUCACAAGAUCUUUGCCAAGGUGCACCAGGCAGAUCCCAGUGUCAAACUCUUCCUCAAUCACGGCCGUGUUGUGGCGACAGGCACAUUGACAAAGGCAUACGUGGACGAGGCUAAGGAGUUCAAAUCGGCCAAUGUCGGUCUGUAUGGGCUGGGUGUCGAGAGCCACUUCACUGCGUACGAGGCCCCUGAUCCAACACUUAUCAAGAGACGUCUGGACAUGUUGGCCACAACUGGCCUGCCUCUGUGGGUCACCGAGAUGGACCUUGCGGCCGGUGACGAAAAUACCCGAGCUGACUGGUACGACACAGCAUUGCGCAUUAUGUUCAGUCACCCGGAUGUGGAGGGCAUCAUACUCUGGGGAUUCUGGGAUGAACAUCACUGGAGAGGCCCGGAUGCAGCUCUUGUUGAUGGACCCCAGUUCCAUAUUAACGCAGCAGGAAAGAGAUACAUCGACCUCCUCUACAAAGAAUGGAGUACACAUGUGACGUACAAGGUGGCAUAUGGGACACAGUUUUACGUCAGAGGUUUCCAUGGAGACUACAGGGUGGUCGUCAAUUACCAAGGCAACCCAGUGAUGCAGCAGACUUUUACCCUCGGAAAACAAGACAAACAAGUUAGCAUCCAGAUCACCAACGUCAACUCGACAUCCCCGCUUGAUAACCAUCAUUCAGUACUCCAUCCUGUGACACACAUCAACGAACGAACAAUUGGUCACAUGACUUCCGGCUCUUCCAAUCAGCUUAAAUGUUUAACCAGAUACUCAGGGUUUUCUGAAGUCGCAUAUGACAAGAUGGCAUAG